AUGUCUUAUGGUUAUCAUAAAACUGCUAUUAAUGGACUUGGACUAGUUGGUUCAUCACAAUUAAGAGGACCUUCAGUUUUACGUUCAAAAAAACAAGUUAAUUAUACUAUAUCUAAUAUUGAAAAAUCAUUAUUAUCUGGUCAAAAUGAAUUUGAUGUAGAAAUUAUUAGCUUUAGACCACUUAUGAAUCUUAAUGAAAUUUUUAACUAUUUUGAAAAUGAAUCAAAUAUUAGUAGAACUAAUAAUAUUAUCAAAAUCAAUUAUGAAGCACCUUCGUGUGGAAGAGAAAAAAUUGCAUAUUAUGGUAGUAAUUGUUUUACAGGUGCAGAUAUUGUAAUUAAACGGUUUAAAGAAGAAAGUGGUAUAGAUAGAUAUGAAUCUGCAGUUUUGACAACAUUAGUUUCUCAGUUUUUAGGAAAUCAAUUUAAUAAUACUGAAACAACUUCACGAAAAAUUAGUUUUAAAAAUGUUCAUAUAGUUAAUUAUUAUGAUGAUUUAUAUUUUUUAGAAUCUAAGUUAGAUUAUUUUGAAAAAUUUAAUGACAAUAAUGGAGUUCGUUUUUCUGAUGAUCGAUGUAAAACAUUAGAAGCUUUCACACAUUUCACCUAUAAUUAUUCUAGUCAACAAUUAGUUGUUAGUGAUUUACAAGGAGAUUUAGAUACUUACGAAUUAACAGAUUCUGCAAUUAAUUCUGUUUAUAAUUUAUUUGGUAGAACUAAUUUAGGAACUCAAGGAAUUAAUAAUGUUAUUAAUCGACAUCAAUGUAAUUCUUUUUGUUCUAAAUUAAAUUUAUAA